UAGGGCCACGCGAUGCGCCCCUACCGAAUGUUGGUGCCGUCUAGCACGGUACACGUCAACAUGACAGCUGCCACCCAGUGACAGCUGACCGGAAGAUUGUAAGCGAGAGAGACAGAAGAUUGUUCUUAGCCAUUAAUUGACCGAGCCCGAACUAGCCGGACGUGCAAUAAAAAUCUAAUUGUAAAACGUAGUCGCGGUACAUUUCUUUUGCUCCCGCGAUCACAGCAUUUUGGCGACGAGGCCGUCCCGCGCGAAUAAAAGUUCGGCCCGAAAGUGCGGCGCGCUAGCGCAAAAAUCGAGGUGAACUGUGGAUUGAGGUUACGACACCUUUCUCGCCACGAGGAUUCUGCACGAUGCCAGAUACUCCACCUGCGGCGCUGGCCCCGGCACCUGUAACCUCGGGGAACCAGCUCCUGUUGAACCUGCUGCAGGGGCAGCAGAAGCUGCUGGAAGAGCUGGUCAAAAACUCCGUCACCCAGAAGGACACGAAAAACUCCAACGAGUUCGUCAUGGAAUCCUUCUCGAACACCAUGAGCGAAUUCGCCUACGACCCGGAGAACGACGUCACUUUUGCCAGCUGGUACAGUCGCUACGAGGAUCUCUUCAGCAAGGACGCGUCAGCUCUCGACGGCGCAAGUAAGGUCCGACUGCUGCUUCGAAAACUGUCUCCUGCGGCCCACCAGCGGUUCGUGGACUACAUCCUUCCGGCUUUGCCGAAGCACAAGACGUUCGAGCAGACAGUCGACAUCCUGAAGGCGAUCUUCGGCGAGGGGAUCUCUACGUUCCGGAAGCGGUUCCGCUGUCUCCAGACGGUGAAAAGCGGCCAAGAGGACUUCAUCAGCUACUCCGCGACGGUGAACCGCCGUUGCGAGGAGUUCAACAUCGGCGCGACGAAGGCGGACCAGUUCAAGUGUUUGGUCUACGUCUGCGGCCUGCAGUCACCGAACGACGCGGAGAUCCGGAUGCGGCUGAUCAACCGGAUGGAGAUGGAGCCGGAGAAGGUGACCCUGGCGUCGCUGGUCGACGAGUGCAACCGACUCGUGAACCUCCGGAAAGACACGUCGAUGGUGGAAACGCAGGAGAUCAAGGCCGUCUAUCAACCCACCAACCAAGGUAACCGGUUCAAGCCGACGGAUCUGCCGAAGACGCCCUGCUGGCUGUGCGGAGGAGUCCAUUUUGUUCGCGAUUGUGGCUACUCUUCGCAUCGCUGCUCGAUGUGCCAUCAGAUCGGCCACAAAGAUGGCUACUGCGCGUGUGUUCGACCGUCGAAACAAAAUGGUGGACACGCCGACAAGCCACAGCGGAAGCCAGCAGCCCAGGGCCAGCAAGGACGACCCUGGAAGAAGGACAACCGCGGAUCCAGAAGCCAGAAGCCGUACUCGACGAGGAUCGUGUGUUGCCGGCAGGUUCAGGCAAGUUCUGGGAGGAAAUUCGUCGAAGUCGCUAUCAACGGACAGCAAGCACACCUCCAAAUCGAUUCUGCCUCCGACAUCACCGUAAUCUCGACGGCGACGUGGCGGAAAAUCGGCAGCCCCCUGGUAAGCAGCACAAGCGCUCGAGCAUCAACUGCCUCGGGAUCUCAGCUGCAGCUGACGUCACAGUUCGAAGCCUACGUGACACUCCAGGGCGUCGAUCGAGAGGGAACCAUCUACGUCACGAACGCCAACCUCAACAUCCUCGGCAUCGACUGGAUCGAACGGUUCGGUCUCUGGGACGUGCCGAUCAGCAGCGUGUGCCAGGCCAUCAAGAUGCUCAAGGGGACCGAGAUCGACGAGUUGAAGGUGAAGUAUGCGGACGUCUUCUCUGAACAACCGAGCGUGUGCAGCUGUGUUGACGUGCAGCUCAGCGUCAAAGAAGGCGCCAAACCGGUGUUUCGCCCCAAACGGCCUGUGGCGUACGGGUCGCUGCAGCUCGUCGAACAGGAACUGGACCGCCUUGAGAAACGUGGGAUCAUCACGCCGGUCACGUACUCCGAAUGGGCCGCUCCGAUAGUGGUGGUUCGGAAGGCGGACAAGUCUGUGCGGAUUUGUGGCGACUACUCAACUGGGCUCAACGACGUCCUCGAGCCCCACCAGUACCCAUUGCCCACACCGGACGAGAUCUUCGCCAGCCUGGCCGGAGGUCAAGUGUACAGCAUUCUGGACAUGCGCGACGCCUACCUGCUGCUCAACGUGGCAGAACCGUCCAGGAAGUACCUGACCGUGAACACCCACAGAGGCCUGUACCAGUACAACCGUGUUCCUUUCGGCAUAAAACCGGCGCCGGGCGCGUUCCAGCAGGUCAUCGACACAGCGCUCGCCGGCCUGCCCGGUGUCAAGGCCUACCUGGACGACAUCAUCGUCACCGGCAGAACCAUCGAGGAGCACAAGCGAAACUUGGAGGAGGUUCUGCGUCGUCUUCAGAAGUUCGGCCUGCGCUUGAAGCUGGAAAAGUGCAAGUUCUUCGAACGGUCGGUGAAGUACUUGGGUCACAUCGUGGAUCAGAACGGCACUCGACCUGAUCCAGAGAAGACGAAGGCCAUCGCGGAAAUGCCGGCGCCCACUGACGUCUCCACCUUGCGGGCGUUCUUGGGGGCAAUCAACUAUUACGGCAAGUACAUCCCGCACAUGAGGAACCUGCGAUACCCCCUGGACAACCUUCUGAAGUCGUCGCAGACCAAGUUCCUGUGGACCGCCGAGUGUCAGCGCAGCUUCGAGACCUUCAAGCGGAUUUUGCUGUCCGACCUGGCCCUCACCCACUACGAUCCGUCACUGCCGAUCGUGGUGUCCGCCGAUGCGUCUAACGUCGGCCUGGGUGCCUGCAUCCAACACGUUUUCCGCAACGGUUCAAGGAAGACCGUGUACCACGUGGCCAGAUCGCUGACGAAGGCUGAGGCGAACUACGGCCAAAUCGAGAAGGAGGGUCUUGCCCUCAUCUUUGCGGUAACCCGGUUCCACCGCAUGAUCUUCGGCCGUCACUUUACGCUCCAAACCGACCACAAGCCGCUGCUGGCUAUCUUCGGUUCCAAGAAAGGAAUCCCCGUCUACGCUGCGAACCGUCUCCAGAGGUGGGCGGUGACACUGCUCAACUACGAUUUCGACAUCGAGUACGUGCGCACGACGGAAUUCGGCAACGCAGACGUCCUCUCAAGGCUGAUCAACCGCUGUGCCAAGCCUGAGGAGGAUUUCGUGAUCGCAGCCGUGACGCUGGAAGCAGAUCUGGACGAGGUACUUCGUGUGACGCUAAAUUCCUGUAACCUUCCUCUCAGUUUCAGGACCAUGCAAGUCGCAACCGCAAAAGACGCGAUUUUGCAGCAAGUCCAGAAGCAUCUGCGUUCCGGUUGGCCACAGUCGAAGAAGCAGCUCCGCGCUGAAAUUCGACCCUACUUCGAGGCCCGCGAAUCGCUCUCGCUGGUCCAUGAUUGCAUCCUCUUCGGAGAUCGCCUGGUAGUGCCAACCAUCUACCGUACCAAGGUCCUCAAGCUGCUGCACACCGCACACCCCGGCAUCGAGCGCAUGAAGGCUUUGGGAAGAAGUUACGUGUACUGGCCUAACAUGAGCGCUGACAUCCGUGAUCUCGUCCUGCGGUGCUCCCAGUGCGCUGCCGCUGCUAAAGCGCCAGCCCGUGCCAUCCCUCAACCGUGGCCGAAGUCGACGAAGCCGUUCCAGCGUGUGCACAUCGACUACGCUGGGCCUUACCACGACCAGUACUUCCUUGUCGUCGUGGAUUCGUUCUCCAAGUGGCCGGAGAUCGUACCAACCGGGACCAUCACAACCACUGCGACGAUUGCGAUGCUCCGAGAGAUUUUUUGUCGCUUCGGAAUGCCGGAGAAGCUCAUCUCCGACAACGGCCGCCAGUUCACCGCUGACGCAUUCCUGGACUUCUGUACGCAGAACGGGAUUGAGCACGUUCGUACGCCGCCCUACCACCCACAAUCGAACGGGCAGGCAGAAAGGUUCGUCGACACCUUCAAACGUGCCCUGGCCAAAAUCCAUCAGCGGGGAGGAAAUCUACGGGCCGACCUGGACACGUUCCUGUUGAACUACAGGAUCACCCCGAAUCGAAGCGCUCCUGACGGCAAAGCACCUGCUGAGCUUUUGUUUGGCAACAAACUCCGCACCACUUUGGACCUGCUGCUACCGCCCACAAACGUAAACAACACGCCCCAACUGGACCAGGACAAGCUUCGGGCGUUCAAGGCGGGUGACCUCGUGUACGCACAACAACAUUCCGCUGGCACAACCCGGUGGACACCUGGUGUCGUCACUGGCAGACGCGGAAAAGUGCUGUACGAAGUGGAGCUGGACAACGGUCGCACGAUUUCGUCACACCUCAACCAGCUGCGCAAGCGGCUCGACCAGUGUCAGCCGAAGAAUCGUGGACCUCUUCCGCUGGACAUCCUGCUGGACACGUACGAGCUGAAAAGGAGCAAACCAGCGCCGGUGCCCGGACGUCCUGUGGUUGCACCUGCACCUCCAGCCCUGCCACAACAAGAAGAUGCUGGUCCUCGGCGUUCUGAAAGGACGCGCAAGCAACCGGACAGAUACGGCGAUGCCGUGUACUGUUGAGGGGAGAUGUUAGGGCCACGCGAUGCGCCCCUACCGAAUGUUGGUGCCGUCUAGCACGGUACACGUCAACAUGACAGCUGCCACCCAGUGACAGCUGACCGGAAGAUUGUAAGCGAGAGAGACAGAAGAUUGUUCUUAGCCAUUAAUUGACCGAGCCCGAACUAGCCGGACGUGCAAUAAAAAUCUAAUUGUAAAACGUAGUCGCGGUACAUUU